UCUAGAGCGCGCGCCGUGGGCGGCGAUCCCCGCUUCAGUAAGAGACAGGCGCCCAAGCCGCUCGCACGAACCUGACCGCCGCACAAGCGUUGAACGAACGACCAAGAUGGCUACCGGCCCGAAGAUAGUGCACAAGCAGUUUAACUCGCCCAUCGGGCUGUACUCGCAGAGGAACAUCCAGGAGACGCUCAACAAGCACCUCUCCAACCUCGACAAUGGAGGCGUCGGGAUUGACUUCAGCAACCCGAGCACCGACAAGCCGGGCAACCUGGCGCACUCCGCCGUGCUGCGCAUGCUCGAAGAGGAGGAGCGCGGCCGCAGGAACCCCGAGAUAUUUGCAACCCGUGAACAAGCUAUAAAGAUAGUAAAAGUACAUGCAACACGCCGCUUCGACUCCUUCUGGCCGCCGGAACGCAUGGUAUCUGCCCACUGUUGGGAUGGACUGCUUAACGCUAACGGACAUAUACACACACACUUUAUGAAGCCAGAGGAAGGCAAAGGUCAGAAGAAAGUAGUGUGGCCGCCAGUGCCCGAAACUAACGGCUACCACCAACCACACCACCAGCAACAGCAGAAUCCCGCGUACAACGCACAGCACUCCCCCUCCGGGCCGCAGUACCAAACCCCACCCAAGCCCCAAUACCAUAAUAGCCCUCACUACCACGAGCAGUACCAACAGCAACCCCAGUACCAGCAGCCGCCCCAAUACCAGCAGCAGCAUAGCCCCCAGCAGAAUCAGCCGGCGUACUGCGACGGCAGACGCCAAGAGCCGACAGGGUUAAGUAAGCUGAUCCCCUUCGGGCCCGGUGUGAGCGCGUCACCGGCCCCGGCGUACCGACAAGGCCCGCCGUCCCCGGCCGCGGCCCCUUACAAACAGCCUAACUCCCGUUGGGCCCCUGUGCCAGCCCCCCUCUCUCCACAGGCGUACCCACAACAACAGCCGCAGUACUCGCCCCAGCAACAGUACUCUCAGCCACAGCAGCAGCAGCAGCAGUACCAGCAACAACAGUACUCGCAGCCCGAGUACGCCCCGCCGCAGUACUCCCCGCCGGAGUACCCCCCGCAGUACGAGUACCAGUCCCCGCAGAGGCAGUUCGAGCCCCCGCCGACGACCAUCACGCUUCGUCAGCAGCCCCCUGUGCAUCAGAAGCCACCGCCAGUCUUUGCUAGCCAACCUGCCACAGCGACUUUCAAAGGAGGUGUCAACAUGAGAGGCGAUCAGAAGUGGCCGCCCCAGUCGGUGCGCGAGGCAGUCGCUGCCGAGAAUGAGGCGCGGCUCCAACUCGCCAAGGGUCCCGCCUGCAGACCUCGCAAGGUCAAAAGAGACUACACUAGCUUCUUUGCGCAGCACGCCCUUAACCAGAGCUACCCCGGUUACCGCGUGCCCCCGGGCACGCAGCACUACGAGGACCAUUCGGGCCGAUCUUCUUAUUAGAAUCAUAGUUACUAACAUAUCUCAUAAGGCAGAAGACUACGAUAAUAGUAAUGUAAUCUGUAUUUCAUCCGUGACAAGCGAAAGUGCGCCUUAUUUCACAAUAUCAUUACGAUCAUGACAACUUAGUAAUACCACUGAAGUUUGUGUACUAAAAAACGGUAGGUACUUACCACUUAGUACCUUCUUACCUGAAAUUGUUACCUAAGCCAAAACGUGUCUUAAACUUCAUAGGGGCUGAGAGGCUAGGUAACAAACUAACAGAGACCCAUAUACCUAACAAAUCAUUGAUUCUCAAAGAAGAUCACGACAAGAAGUAGCGUAAGUACUUGUAUUGACUUUACGUAUAAAGUCUUGACGCAUGUACGCAAUUGGAUUACAUUGUAAUCUGAAUUAAAUUGUAAUCAUGUAUCAUUAAUUAGCAUAUAAGUUUAAAUUUAUUAACCACAUUGACCUACGUAUUAAUAUUUAAACGAUGAUUUCGAUGUAAUGUGCGGCUUAUUUGAAAAUACGAAAGUAAAACAAAUCUUUUAAAAUGCUUAUUAAUACCAAAUGUACAUAAUUCUUGUUUUUUUUUUAUUACAAAGUAGUACCUAUUAAAAUUAUUGAAUUGAAACCGUGCUUCGCCAAUUAACAUAGCAAUCGGAUUAUUAUAAGAAUCGUUUGGCUGGCUAAGCUAAAAUGUAUACUACCUAGUCAUUGAAUGAGAUUACAAAAUAUUUUGUAUAUAAUUUGUUGAAAUUACCUUACUGAAUUAUUUAUUUGGUAUUUCAUGAUGUAUAUUUUUAAGAAAUAAAAUAUUUCGAACAUC